GAUAUUUCGGUAUUUUUGCCCACCCCUAGGGGCAGACUACCAGUGAACACUCCAACAAAUCUGCUGUUUCGUAUCCACUUGGCGACCUCAUACGGAAUAUACAUAUACUGGAUUAGGAAUCCGGGUCUUCCGCUUGCUGCAGACCGGUAAAUCAUAUUGCUUUUAAUUGACUUGCUAUCAAUAGCCAAACCUAAUUGUUGUUUAAAUGUGUUUCGCUUACUUGGUUCUAUGUUGUGAUUAGUCUGGGGUUUGGUUCAAUUUAAAUUGUUCAUGUGCGGUUAAAGUUAUGUUCUUGAUAUAGCUUUGUAUGGACUUGGGACCAUCCGCGUAUAACUGAACUUGUUUUCUCUAUUAGCAUACUUUAAUUUUGGAAUUAUUUUCAAUGCUAGGUAUGAUCCUCACUGGAAUCUUUAGAGUUACUUUCUAGUGCACUCCGCUUUUGUGUAACCCACAAAAAACUAUUUGGAUAUAGUUAAAGAUAUGUUAGGCGUCCACUGCUUGAAGGGCAAUCUCGAUCUUCUUAUCAACACAGAGCAGAGAUUAGUCAUUUUACAUCUGGAUUUCUAUUAUCAUAUGCAAAAACAAUAUGAUCAUUAUCUCUGUUCAAUUCAAUAUCACCUAUUUCUGCCCCUGAUUUGCUCAGAAUCUUGGAAGGCAAGAAACCAUACUUCUUCACCCCGAUCUCUAGUAUCUCCCCGAAGCUCUCAGGCGGCGUUCCUCCUCACACGACGGCCAUCACCAAGAAGAUAUGCAUAGAUCUUCUAAAAUCCUGCAAAUCCAUGGCCCAGCUGGAGCAAAUCCAGGCUUUGCUUUUCACCCUUGGCAUCCAUCAACACGUAGACACCCUCCACAAACUCAUGGCCUUCACAGCUCACCCUCUCCAUGGAAAUCUUAGCCACGCCCAAAGGAUAUUUGAUCGCAUUGAACAGCCAACCCUAUUCAUCUACAACGUGAUGAUCAAAGCGCAUACGAAAUCGGGUCAUUUCCGAAAUGCCCUAUAUUUAUUCAACGAGCUUAGAUGGUUUAGGAUGUCUCCUGAUAAUUUCACUUACCCCUUUGUCUUCAAGUCCAUUUGUGGAAUGAGGGAUGUUCUUGAUGGUGAAAGGGUUCAUGGGUUUGUUUUGAAGAGCGGGAUUGGAUUUGAUUGUUAUGUGUGUAAUUCACUCAUGGACAUGUAUGGUGAGUUGGGAUGUAUGAAGCGUGUCAAGAAAUUGUUCGAUGAAAUGCUCAGUAGAGAUUCAGUGUCGUGGAAUGUUCUAAUAGCUGGAUAUGUUAGAUGCAGCAGGUUUCAAGAAGCUGUCAGAGUUUAUAGGAACAUGUUACGAGAGGGGAGCAUUAAACCCGAAGAGGCCACUGUUGUUAGUACCCUAUCAGCUUGUACAGCACUGAAAAAACUGGAUCUUGGUGAAGAAAUACAUCAGUAUGUUAGCAAAGAGCUUGGACAUACCAUUAAGAUCGAUAAUUCUUUAGUGGAUAUGUAUUGUAAGUGUGGCCGUUUGACUGUGGCUAGGAAACUGUUCGAUGAUAUGCCUACAAGAAACGUUAUGUCCUGGACCAGCAUGGUUUCAGGAUAUGCCAGUUUUGGUCAGUUGGAAGAAUCCAGAGACCUAUUUGAAAAGAGUCCAAUAAAGGAUGUUGUUUUAUGGACGGCUAUGAUUAAUGGGUAUGUCCAAUCUAACCUUUUUGAAGAGGCAAUGUCUCUUUUCCAGGCAAUGCAAAAGAAAAACAUGAAGCCUGAUAAGUACACUCUGGUUUCGCUACUCAAAGGUUGUGCUCAAGCGGGAGCACUGGACCAAGGGGGGCAGAUCUAUAACUACAUGACACAGAACGGAAUAACCAUUGAUGCGGUUGUCGGCACUGCACUUAUGGAGAUGUACGCAAAAUGUGGCUCCCUCAACAAGUCAUUAGAAAUCUUUCAAGAGCUGUUAAUAGGAGAAAAAGAUGCCACAUCAUGGACUUCGAUCAUCUGCGCCCUUGCUAUGAAUGGACAUGCAAAGAAAGCUUUGGAAUUGUUUUUACAAAUGGAACAAUCUGGAGUAAUCCCAGAUAGUGUUACCUUCAUUGGUGUCUUAACAGCUUGUAGUCAUGGAGGGUUAGUAAAGGAAGGUCGGCAAUAUUUUGAUUCAAUGAUAAGGAAAUAUGGUGUAGAACCAAAGUUGGAACACUACGGAUGUUUGAUAGACCUUCUUGGGCGUGCAGGGCUAUUAAAUGAAGCUGAGGAAAUUAUAAAAAAAUUUAUUCAAAAGAAUAACAAGGAUAAGAAAAUUGUUGUUACCCUUUAUAGUUCCUUGCUUAGUGCUUGCAGAAUCCAUGGCGAUGUUGAUAUGGGCGAACGGAUUGUUGAAAUUCUCGUGGGGAUUGAAUCGGGUUAUUCCAGCACUCAUACACUGCUGGCUAACAUGUAUGCUUCUGCCGACAGAUGGGAAGAUGUGUCCAAAGUCAGAAAGAAUAUGAAAGCUUUACACAUUAAGAAAUUUCCUGGAUGCAGUUCAGUUGAGGUUGAAGAUCAUUCUUGAUUUCAUAAUCAGAGAAGCCAAGUGUUUGUGACAUGCUCUUUUAUUGAAUCCGGUUUCAUAGUGUUUGUAAGCUGGAAAUUGUAUAAUUAGGCAACAUAGAAAGGAGCUCGAAAUUGUACACUAGCGCAACAUAGAAAACUAAACUGUUUUAAGCUUUAUUCCAUGACAUAUUACUCCCUUCAUUAGUUCAUUGUUCUUAAAGAUGUGAAUGAGAGCAUAUAUGAAAAGAUGUUAUACAUGGGCCUUAUCA